UAAUAUUUCAGACAAUAAUUUAGAACAUAGUUCAACUGAAACAAAUAAUUCCAGUAAUAAAAGGGUUGAAAAAUAUGUAGUUUCUUUACCUAAGAAUAACAAACAAAAAGCCAAAUCUUCUAUUUUAUCUUGUCAUAUUCGUAAUUCUAAAAAAAAGGUAUUUUAUGAUGUAAACAAAAAUAGAAUGUUCUGUACAUUAUGUAUGGCUCAUGGUCAAAAAAACGAAUUUGCUAAAGCAACUAAAG